GGCUGGUAGCCUCAUUACCGCCCAAUAUGGCGACUUGCUGUGCUCUUUGAAGAUAAAGUAUAACUAUUUGUCUUCAAUUUAGACUUAAAUUAUCACUUCUAAGUUUUGAUAACAGCCGUUAGUCUCUUUAUAGUUUCUGAAGUAGCCGUCUGCCAAGUGGACUGGAAUUGUUUUACGUAAUUUUACAGUGAGAGGCGAUUUCAUUUAUAUACAUUCCGAGACUGUAGCGUCGAUCUUGUUUUCAUACCGGCUGGCUUGACAUUGGAGCUACUUUCGCGGCUGAUAUCACGAUCCAAAUAAGCAAGUAAAUUAAAAUCGCUCUGAUGCCGACAUCACUCAAUAUGGGUGAAGAGGACCAUGAAAUACCAAUUAAAGCAGCUUACAAUGGGGACAUACUAUGUUGUUCUGUCACGCCAGAUAUUGUUAUCGACGAUUUCUGCCGGGAUAUGAGACAAAUCUGCAGUUUUGAUGAUGAGCAGCCAUUUACUAUGAAGUGGGUUGAUGAAGAAGGAGAUCCAUGUACAAUUUCAUCACAAGAAGAGUUGAAUGAGGCUAUCAGAUUAUACGAUAUUAACAAAGAUUCUGACAUAACCAUACAUAGGAAUAUGUACAGGCGUGGUGCCCGGAGGUGGAGAAAAUUAUAUAAAGUCAACGGACAUACAUUUGCAGCAAAGAGAUUCAGUAGAAGAGCCACAUGUCACUACUGUUCUGACAGAAUAUGGGGAUUGGGAAGACAGGGUUAUAAAUGCAUUGAAUGUAAACUCUUAGUGCACAAGAAAUGUCACAAACUGGUCAAAGUCAAAUGUGGGGAAAUUUUGGAGACGGGACUUAGCGCUUACUGCCACUCACUGCCAACUCAUCUCAAACAGAACGGAGAAAAUGAUGUUCCUCCAAAAAGAACAAAAAGUAACAGUCCAGCUCCCAGAAGGAAAAACAAGCAUGAGAGAGAUCUGACAUUGAACCAGUAUUCAUCAGGUGCUGGUAGAGAGGCUACUGCUGGUUUAGGAGGACAGUACUCGCUGCGUGAUUUUGACUUGAUUCGUGUUAUUGGACGUGGUAGUUAUGCCAAGGUACUGAUGGUAGAAUUGAAGAAAACUAAACGCAUCUAUGCAAUGAAAGUUAUUAAAAAAGAGUUAGUCACUGAUGAUGAGGACAUAGACUGGGUACAGACAGAAAAGCAUGUAUUUGAGACUGCAUCUAACCAUCCAUUUUUAGUGGGGUUGCAUUCGUGCUUCCAAACACCUAGCAGGUUAUUCUUUGUGAUAGAGUUUGUGAAUGGCGGUGACUUGAUGUUCCACAUGCAACGACAAAGAAGACUCCCAGAAGAACAUGCCAGAUUUUACGCAUCAGAAAUCUCAUUAGCUCUCAAUUUUUUACAUGAAAAAGGUAUAAUAUAUCGUGAUCUGAAGUUAGACAACGUUCUGCUUGACAGUGAAGGUCAUAUCAAAUUAACCGAUUAUGGUAUGUGUAAGGAAGGUCUACGUCCAGGUGACACGACUAGUACGUUCUGUGGUACACCAAACUAUAUCGCACCAGAGAUACUACGUGGAGAAGACUAUGAUUUCAGUGUUGAUUGGUGGGCACUUGGUGUACUCAUGUUUGAAAUGUUAGCUGGACGAUCACCGUUUGAUAUUGUUGGAAGUGCUGAAAAUCCUGAUCAGAACACUGAAGAUUAUUUAUUCCAAGUUAUUUUAGAGAAACCGAUUCGCAUACCACGAUCAUUAUCAGUCAAAGCAGCUUCAGUACUUAAGGGAUUCCUUAACAAGAAUCCAGCAGAGAGACUAGGUUGUCAUCCACAAACAGGUUUUGCUGAUAUCCAGUCACAUCCAUUCUUUCGGACCAUUGAAUGGGACCAGAUUGAAGCUCGUCAAGUAACUCCGCCCUACAAGCCCUAUGUGCUCACAGAUCGAGAUUUAGAAAAUUUUGAUCCCCAGUUUACAAGUGAACCUGUACAACUCACACCAGAUGAUCAAAAAGCCAUUAAUAAGAUUGACCAAUCAGAGUUUGAGGGAUUUGAAUAUGUAAAUCCACUUCUUAUGUCAGGUGAAGAUGCUGUGUAGAACAACCAAUCAGAAUCAGCCAUCAUCAAUCAUAUAUCCAUUACCAGUUUGAAGGUCUUAAAUUGAGAGGUCCAAAAUUGUUCUUAAACACAUGGACCUAUAAAAUAGAUUUUAAUUUUAAGCACCAUAUGGAUCUUAAAUUGGUCUUAAAUAGCAAAAGUAUUGGUCAAUGGGUCUUAAAAAUGGCAACAUAUAUGGGCUAUUUAUUCCCAUUAGACGUCUUAAGACCCUGUGCAAAGGUCUAUGAUUUAAGAGCCUGUCAAUAAUGAGGUAAUACUGAGUAUACAAAGGGUAGGCUUUAUUUUAAACAUUCUUUUAUUUAAAACUCUUCAAACUGGUAUUGGAUCUCUGGAUUUACCAUGAAGAGAACAUUAUAUGAGACAUUCUAAGAAUAGCAUGGGUGUGUGAAGACUAAAUGUGAUAGAUAUGGCGCAUUAAAUGUACAACUGGUAUAUUUAGCCAAUCAGAACACAGUUUCAUUACAUAGUGGAUGUGCCUGUCAUAUUUACUAAAACUUGUUCUCAUUGGCUAAAACUUGCCCAUAUAUGGUUAUGAAUUGGCUAAAUGGUUUAAGUAAAUUACAUUAAUUUAUUACAGAACGUAUCUAUGUAUGUUGCAGGGUGUCACUGAAAAUGAAAAACUGUGUUGUGUUUCUAAAUAUCCUGCAAACUUUCCAAGUAAAUUUGUAAUGAUUUUGUAAAUUUGUAAUAAAUAUAGCUUACU